AAUGACCGAAGUCGAUGUCGUUUUGCCGGAGGGCGUGGCCGAGCCCACGACAAAGCUUGCCAGCGCAUCAACAGCAGAUUCGCCGCAGAACCUUCAAAAGCCCGAGGAAGAGGAACGGAAUGUCGACGAAGUUGAUGAUGAUGAGGAUGAGGGAGCUGAGGCCGAGGCUGACCCCGAAGCUGAUGCUCCAGUCGAAAGUGACCUGGAAUUGCCCGCCAAGGAGAAGCUAUCUUCGGACGACAAGGAGAUCGCCAAGGAAGAUGUUUCCCAGGCUUCACCGAAAGCACCAGCUCCUGAGGAGAUAAUGGAGGUGGACGACCACCCCACGGAGGUAGAGGAGGUUGCAAACACCGACGAGGAUGACUCUCAGGUCACGGACAGUAGCCCCAAGGCGGUGAAGCAGCCCGAAGAUGUAGAUGACGUCGAGGAGGCUGCCACAAAUGGCGACCACGAACCAGAGGACGACGACGAUGUCGAAAAAAUCGGCAGCACUGCCGAAAACAGCUGUGAAGCCGAAGAUCCGCUGGGAGCGGCCACAGAGGAACAGGAUGGGGAUGAUGUAGAGCUGGUUAGCGGCACAAAGACGUUACCGGAUGAGGAGGAGAGCCAGCCCAGCGAAAAAGGCGAAGGGGGCGAGGAGGCGGUAACGAGAAAGGAAAAUGGCUUUGUGGUUAGCCCGCAGCCGGGUUCCAAACAGAAGGAGAACGGCCAGGCUAGCGUGGCGGAAGCAAAAGCGGCCAGCCAGAAUAUUGAUGGUAUUGUCAACCUGGACGAGGACACUGACGAAGAAAUGGACGAUCUCACAGAACACAAGGAGCCGGCAAAGCCCACGGACUUGGUUGUCAAACCGGCGGCGACGGCAGCAUCUGUCAGCGGCGGAGAGUCCUCCGAUGACGCAGUGCUGAUAGCCUCUGAUUCUGAGAACGAGGCAGCAGCUCCAUCGCCAGUAAAGAAGCUUCCCCAAUCGCCGGUCAAGGCAACGCCCCAGCCUCCGGUGCACCCCACAGAUGAUGAUGAUGAUGAUGACGAUGAUGAUUGCGUGGUCAUAGAAGACGACACACCCCCAAGUAUUUCUCCCACUAGUAUGAAGCGAAAAGGCGACUUGGAUGACUUACAGCCGAGUCACAAACGACAGCGCAGCUCGACGCCCUCGGGAAUGGGUGGGCUGACCAUCAAGGACGCCCGGUCAUUGAUGCCCCUCGAUGGAGUCGGUGGACCUGUUGCUUCGGGUCCCCGGGACUCUGUUUACCCUGUUACCAUAACGAAUGCUGUGACGGGUGCGGCCACAAAUUUGGGAGUUGUUCCACCGAAACUGGUUCCAAUGGCCGGAGGACUCAGCUCGAGCCCUGCGCAGCUGAAUCCGCCAACGCUAUCCCUCACCGGCGGUCUGCCCAGCAUGACCAACAAUGCGAAUCUGCUGCCGGGCCUCACCGACGACAUGUUUGUCCUGGAAGCACCGUCGUUCAUUGUGCCCUACAUCUAUGAGAAGCCCCCGAACCAGAACAUCUGCGAAGUGGUCAAGGCCCUCGAAACGAAGUACGCCCUUUCCGCCGAAGAUCUGGCCGAGGCGGACAAGGGGGACGAGUUCGACAUGAUGACUGAACAGAACAAGGAGGACAAGCCGGAUCAGAGUACGGAGCAGUCUAGCAAGAAGAAAAAGAAGCGUGGGGACGACGAAUCAUGGUCGGAGCAGUCGGAUGACGACGACGACGAUGACGAUGAUGACGACUCGGAGUCGGGUGUGCGCACCAAGGUGCUGAUCAAGGAGGCUAACGACGACCUCACUGCCCUGAAAGGAGCCAUAAAGCCAGCAUCGGCGUUGGCGGCCUCCGGAGGUAACGCAUCGGCUGGAGCCAGCAAGCCCGGCCAGGAGAACUACUUCGAGAGUCCGCUGGGCAAGUUCUUCAUGGACAUUGGCGUGGGCUUGGUGCAGGAGUACGUCCAGGCGGAUCUUUUGCGAUUGCAGAAGCGCAAGAUGCGCAAAUCGAACGUGCGAGAUCCCAAGGAGUUCGAAAUGGCCAUCAAUGCCCUGUCCGGCAAUCUGCAGGCCUCCAAAACGAAAAAUGCUCCAUUCAAGUUCCGGAUGAAGCGCUGCGAGUUCUGCAACUUCAAGUCGGAGUCGGCCAUGGCGAUGGCUAACCACUACGAGACGCCGCACAUGAACGGGGUGCUGUACAAGUGCAACUUCUGCACGUUCGAGAUCCGGAAUGCAACGGAGAUUGUUUACCACAUGGAGGCGGUGCACAACAUCAAGGCGCGCCUGAUCAAGCCACUGCCCUACCACCAGUGUCCCAACUGCGGUUUCGAGGACAACGGCAAGGCGAAGUUGGCUCGGCAUCAGCCCGUUUGCGCCAAGAAGUUCCGGCCGGAGCUGAACCUGGCGCCGCCAAACGACUGGGAGGCUCCAGCCAAGAUACCGCGAAUCAAGCCACGCCACGGACUUGUGGGUACUGCCACUGCCUAUCAGGCUAUGGCUGCGCAGGCAGCAGCUCAGAAGGCUGCCUUGGCCACCAUCCAGCAACAGCAGGCUGCAGCUCAGGCCAGGAAUCUGCAGGCCGCGGCUCUGGCCGCCCAAAAUGCCGCCAAGAUGCGACGAGAGCAACGAGCGGCGCAACCGCCCAAGCAGAAUAUGGUACGCAACCCGGCUCCAGUGCGGGGAGGCAACGCAAUCGGUGCUGGUCUUUCUCUGCCAAACAGCUACCAACUGGCUGCCGGACAACUUGUCCAGGCGUCCAAGAAACCGAUGGCCGGCCAGCCAAGCAUCUCGAUAACGCCAUUACCUCGACAGAGUUCGGCGGGUGCCAAUGCGGGAGCUUCCUCCAGCAAGGUGCCUCCAGCGGCUGCUGGCAUGAAGCCAGGUCAGAGUCCCAGCGGCAACAACAAGGCGCAGUUCGUCAUAUGCGAGAUCUGCGAUGGCUAUAUUAAGGACCUGGAACAGCUGCGCAAUCACAUGCAAUGGAUGCACAAAGUGAAGAUUCAUCCGAAGAUGAUCUACAAUAGGCCGCCAUUGAAUUGCCAAAAGUGUCAGUUCCGAUUCUUCACGGACCAGGGACUGGAAAGGCAUUUGCUUGGCUCACAUGGCUUGGUCACAAGCUCCAUGCAGGAGGCUGCCAACAAGGGCAAGGAUGCCGGGCGCUGCCCCGUUUGCGGCAGGAUGUACCAAUGGAAGUUGCUGAACCACGUGUCGCGCGAUCACCACAUGACCCUGAAGCCCGCACACCUCUCCUACAAGUGCACCGUGUGCACGGCCACCUUCGGCAUGUACAAACAGUUUGAGACGCACGUGUACACCGCCCACAGCACGGUGGCCAGGAAGGCGAUGGACAGCAAGAAGAACAGUGCGCAGUCGAGCGGGUCGGGAUCUGGGGCUGGAAUGUCGCGCAGCUCGCUGGGAGCGGCCAAUGAUUCGCUGCUGAAGCCUUUAAAGAUCAACGAUGAGAUCACCAUAAUACCACAGCCCGCAUCGAAGCCACGCAUCACAAAUAUGGAGAGUCAUGUCAUAGAUUAAAGAACAUGUUGGAUGAACCAAAUACCUAAUCUCGCAAAGUUUGCAGCAUUGACAGCGCUUUAACAUUAGUUUCGUUUUUAAGUCCAGAGCAGUGACCUUGUCACCCCCAAGGUCGUCGUAACCAUUUACUUUUGUAAGACGAGUUGUAUGUAUAAAGUGCAGAGAAGUAACGGAAGUAAAGGAGAAUGGUAAACCCGAGUGUUUGGCCACCUAACCCCUGACUAAACUAGUGUUAGGUAUAAAGUUGCGUCUUAAUCACUAACACGAGCUACAGGAUACACGAUUAAGCAUAAAGUCUAACGGCUUAGAUACAGAUACAAGUUAGAGAUACUAGUUACGGAUUAGUUAUAUACGUUUUUGGAGUGUGCACAUAAGUUGAAGUUGUAGCUACUACUAAAAAUACCACAUACAUAUACAUACAUAUAUAUAUAUAUAUACAUAUUUAAAUAUAUUUAAUGCAUAUUAUGAAGAAGCCGCCAGAGCGCAUCGUCUGCAUGAUGACUAUGUAAAUUAGUUAAAAACUAAACUAUUUAUACGACAACUACGAGUAUCCAAAUGUGUGUUGCAGUAUGUAUAUACAUUUUUGAUUAGGUACCUCCUGUCCACCUCCCCUACCGCCCCUCGAAAUUGGCAUUGUCCUGUGGGUUGUCCCCUCCCCCCAGAUUAGAGUCUUAGGCGGCAGGCGAAAUAAGAGAGAGAGAGAGGACCUUUAGAAAUUGAUCUGAGAGACGUUCAACUUUUAAUUUUUUGUGUACAAGCUUAAAUUUAUAUUUAUAUUAAACAUUAUCGAUUAAUAUUAAAAGUAUAUAUCAUCUAUUACCGCCUAAGAACCAAACCCCCAUGUACUACAGUUAUAAAGCAAAACACACACACACAACCAACAACAACAACAACAAACUG